AGCUAUGUCCGAAUGAAGCUAUGUCCGAAUGAAGGUAAUAUAAUAAUCCCUCACAGCUAUGUCCGAAUGAAGCUAUGUCCGAAUGAAGGUAAUAUAAUAAUCCCUCACAGCUAUGUCCGAAUGAAGCUAUGUCCGAAUGAAGGUAAACAACAAGGAACUAGCCUACCUCCUGCAAACAACAGAUCCCGUCCUCUCUGAGUGGUUCUACCUCAGUGUUUACGACUUUGCAGCGGAGAGGAAACCCUCUGAUUGUGAUCAAUAUGUGAGAAGAUGGGUGCUGUUGGUAAAUAAUGUGGUGUUGACGUCUAAGAAUGAACGAGGAUCGUUAGAAACCGUAUUGCUGCUUGAGAAUUUUACUGUGGACAUUUGUCAGUCGAAAGCACAUGGGUUCGGUAUCAAACUGGACUUUCAAAACUCAGAGUAUCACCUAUACUGUUCGUCUAAAGAGGUGGCAGAGAGAUGGAAACUAGCGAUUACGGACUGUGGUUACAUGUCGUUACACAGAAAAUGGAAAGAUCUGCAGGUAGAAUACAACACUUUACUUGCUCAACAAAACAGGAUAUCAAAAUGUUUCGGAACUGAAGAGUACCUCCUCCCUACUGAUAACACACGAGAGGUAGUAGUAUCCUGUGAACUCCCAGUGAACUCACCCACCCAGAACACCUUCGCUUCAGUCUACAUCAAACAACACGAGAAGUGGAUCCUGUGGUACCAGACAGAGAGCGCUGACCACACCUACAAUCCUCACUACACCAAAACAUUCCUCUUUGAAGUGGACGAUAAGAAUGUCAGGGAUGAGUCUUGUUUGAAGUUCUGUAUUAAUAAUAUGACGACAGGAACGGUGAUGGGGUAUGUUGUGACUGAUAUCCUGACUAUUCAGUCGGCGAAGGAUUCUAAACUUGUGUCUCCUCUGCGUGAUGAUGCGGGUAACGACAACGUGGGGAUGAUAACGCUAGAACUGUCCACCUCGUACCACAACAAACUACCCACCUCCCACAAGUCCCUCCAACAUAUGGUCAGCAGUGUAGACUCUAUCAAACUGGACUCUCAUCGGGGCUUCAUGUUCCAAACUAACCACGAUAAGAUCCACGUGUCGGAGCAAUGCUGGGAUCACCAGGCGUCCAUAUCAUUUCCUGUGGCUUACAUUGAGUUUUUGUUGAGUAAGAAGGAAACUAUUAUUAGUUCGUAUGAGGAGUUUACGAGUUUGGAUCCUAUAUAUGAUCCGAUGGUAGCGCAAAUGAUAAACCAUCAUGAAACUUCUCUCCUCAGUUUGAUCAGGGCUAAAAGAUUCUUGUCCAACUACGAUGGGGCUCUCUUCAGAAAGAGUACCCAGAAAAAAGAGAGUGAGUGGCAGUACUGUCCCAUUAAUCUAGCCGUGUACGCGCUGGGAGUUUGUGAUAUUGAGGAAUGUGAAACUAAUUAUUUUACUGUGACGGUAGGGGCGUUCGCUUCCCACGGACUCGGGUACAAGCAAUCAUUACAGUCGUCUCUGGUAGCAGCUAGUAAGAAUAACAUCUAUUCUGUGAGACAUGAUAGGGUUAUGAACAAUAUUAACACUCUGUGUGAGAUAUGGAGUGAUAUUGAGAAGUACAAGCAGAUCCUCAUUGAUUAUAUUGCUCUGGAACAUUCUGAUUUGUACGAUUUAGCGGUUAGUUUAACCACUAAAAUAUCCGAUCUGACUGAGUUUUGUAAAACUGGAGAUGUUUUGAUGGGGGUUCAGAUGAAGGAGCAAGCCGAGGCGACUGCUAGUUACUGCAGGCUGCGUGACAGACAGUGGUCAGUACCAGAAACUGACUACGUUUGGGAUGGUGAAAAAUACCGUGUAAAAUCAGUCAAUUCCAGGACAAACUCGCUGUCGAAUCGAAGCGAAAAGCAAGAAUCUGAAACUGACAUCACCAUGGCGAUCACUAAUUUUAUCUUAGCUGUGGAGAAGAAGAGUAAAACUAUCGGCAGAGACUUGUUAAAAAUGUUGGCAUCGUUGGAACCCGUGGUGACCCAAUCUAGACAGGGGCUCAUGUUCACCUUACUUUUAGAGGAGAACAAAAUCUUCAACUCAUUUUUCACUGCAACUCCUGAGAUAGAAAUGAGAAUGAACCAAUGUUUUAGCCAGGGGUUAACAGUGAUUUACACAACAUUCAACAUUGCACUGCUAGACGCUUACACUAGGGAGGAUCAAGCAUUCUUCAAGAUCCUGGAUAAUAUCGGUUAUCUAGUGCAAUUCCAGUGCUUACUCAGUACCCACGGCAUGGAACUGACAAUGUUGGAGGACCACUGGAUCACAAUUAACAACUUAUCCCACUGUAACUUCAUCCUUACUUCAGAUAAAUUAGGAGAGUUUACACUGAGUGGCCUCUCUUAUAAAGUCACAAUAACCAUGGGAGUGGGGAGUGAUAUCUGGGACAUGUUACCGCCCGGUUUAAAGAACAGGAAACCUAUCCCCAUCAGCACGGUGUUGUUCACCAAGGGGGUGAACGAGCAGCAGAUGUUGUCCGAACGAGUGGGCACUAACACUAUGGAACACACAAUUAACAUAGACGGGUUAUGUAAGUUGGAGGUGUACUUCAUGAUGUAUAAAGAGUAUGUAACACAAAACAAUGUGGCUGGGGAUAUCCAGAAGUUAGACUCGCUCAUAUCCCCAAUAUGUAAGCACGCUCGUGCCCACAUCUACAAAGACAUCAAGUUGUUGUCAAUGGUUGAUGAAGCAGUGCGGCUCAUGUCCGGCUCACGUGUUACGUCCUGUAAAUCUGCUAAAGACAGGACGGGCAUGUCGGUCACGUACGAGUCGGUCAGCGUGCUGUCCCGGGAACACAGCCUGGUGGCUAGUGGUUUUAAUAAUGCGCUGGCCGCUCUGCGUAGUCAUGGAGUACGCCCGCUUAAUUGUAAGAAGAAUACAGGGUCUGGGAAAUACGCUUUUAAUGCCUUCCAGAUGAAGAUCUUACCAAAGGAGUAUAGGCCACCUAUUGGAACUUACGGUGGUAAGAUAACGUAGUGGUAUGUGGUUUUAGUUGGUAUUUAAGUGAUGGUUGUGUGACCAAUAAGUGAGUGACUUACAAGUGACUUAUCAGUGACCAAUAAGUUACUUUUAUGAGAUUAGAUCUUGGAAUUUAAAGAUGUCAAUUUUUAUCCACUACCCUUUGUUUAUUCUCACAUUUUAUAAUUUUUCGAAUUAACUUUAGCGCUUUGUUUAGUGCACUGAUAGAUUUAUCUGUUUUUGAUUAACUUUUACUUUGAUUUAAUUACUGUUAGAAAAAUUACCUACACGAUUUUUGUCUGUUGUUGUAUUAUGUUACUGUAAAUUUUAUCUGUAAAUAUUCAUUCCAUGUUCUAAUUUUAAAGCUUUAGUAUGUUCAGCUUAUUUGUGGUGUUAUUUUUGUGGUAUUACUCACUGGCAAGUGCCCAACAAAAGAUCCUGUGAUCAUAUUUAUGGCGAACACAUCUGAAUAUACAGAAGUUAACCUACUAUUUGUAAAAGUUCAGCGUACUCCUUGUUUAUAAUAAUACACUUUUGCUUAAAAUAAUGUUACACUUUUAAUAAUACACUUUUCCUUCUA